GUCGCUCCACUUCCGAGAUGAAGUAAAGUAGAGCUCCACCGCACACCAAGAAAGAGGACAUGGACAGACAAUCUAUUCCUCCGAAAAGUCACAGCUAGACAGGCUAUGUUAUCAGAAUACAAUCGGACUUGGGGAUAUUUUAUGGAGUCGCAAGCAAGACAGUUUUCUUUUUGUCCAAAUCUAUGUAGGACGUGGCGUCUGCGCCUGCACUGAAGUAGCCUAAAAUUAGGUUCAAUUGCAGCAAAAAAGAAUCGUGCUUUUUUUUUUUUUUUAAUUCCAAUAACGCGCAAAAAGAGCAACCUGGACUACUCUUUUGAAACAGGAAUGGUUUAUCCUCCCGAAGGUUUAUUCUACAUCGAAAUGGAUCAAGCACCGCCAGCUCUCCCACCCAGGUCAACAAAGCCAGUGUCUUCCACCAUCAACAACAACUGCCUUGCGCCACCUGCGUACUCGCUACAAGACGCUGAAUGGUACUGGGGAGACAUAACAAGGGAUGAAGUAAACGAGAAACUUCGAGACACACCUGACGGCUCCUUCCUGGUGCGUGAUGCAUCCACAAAGCUGCAAGGCGACUUUACGCUAACAUUAAGGAAAGAUGGGCACAACAAGCUCAUUAAAAUUUACCACCGUGAUGGGAAGUACGGCUUCUCAGACCCCCUCACGUUCAGCUCGGUGGUGGAGCUCAUUUGGCACUACCAGCACCAUCCGUUAGUUGAAUACAACGCCACACUGGAUCUGAUGCUCACCCAUCCUGUGUCUCGCUUCCAGCAGGUGAAGGAAGACACAGUCGAUGUCGCAGGAAGAAAACUCAAGGAGGUUCACUGUCAGUAUCAAGAGAAAUCCAAGGAGUUUGAUCGUCUAUAUGAGACAUUCACUAAGACCUCACAGGAGAUCCAGAUGAAGCGAACUGCGAUUGAAGCAUUUAACGAGACAAUGCUGAUCUUUGAGGAGCAGUGCCGCGAACAGGAGCGCUACGGAGAGGAGUUCGAACGGAACAAUCAGUCAGAGGGAGCCGACAACGAUCUGGAAAACUUUCUGAUAAAUUAUGAGAAGCUGAAGUGCCGUCUUGGGGAGAUCUAUGACAGCAAAAUCCAUCUGGAGGAAGACUUGAGAACCCAGGUUGAGGACUACAGAGAGACAGAUAGGAAGAUGAACAGCUUGCGACCUGACCUCAUCCAGCUACGCAACAUCAGAGACCAGUAUCUAAACUGGCUUAAUCACAAAGGUGUACGGCAGAAACGCAUAAAUGAAUGGCUGGGGGUACAAAGUGACAGCCUUGAUGACACAUACGUGUUGAAGGGCGACGAGAAGAAUUUGCCACAUCAGGAUGAGACGAGUUGGUUUGUGGGUGAACUUAGUCGGACACAGGCUGAGGAGAUGCUUCAGGGUAAAGCUUCGGGAACGUUCCUAAUCCGUGAAAGCAGCAAACAGGGAUGCUACGCUUGCUCUGUUGUUGUAAAUGAAGAAGUGAAGCAUUGCAUGAUCUACAGCACACCACACGGAUAUGGUUUUGCCGAACCCUAUGACGUCCACUGCUCACUCAAAGACCUUGUCCUGCACUAUCGCCUGCACUCCUUAGCGCAACACAAUGACGCCCUGGAUGUUCGGCUGUCGCAUCCAGUACACGCCAAAGCUCCAGCCACACCCUCUCAACAUGCGGAGGAACACAAACUCUUACAGACUCCAAAACACACAGCGGGGCUCCCGCCGGCUGCUCCUGAAAUGUAAACCAAUGGAGAGACAAAAGGACAUGUUUACUGUAUCCUGCAAGAACGACUGCAUCGAGGUGCAUUGUGUAAAAUUUUGCACUACAGUGAUUCCAUCAGUUUUUGUGAAUGGAAAUUCACAGAUUGAAGUGGGACCGGAACUUGAAUGUCAGCUUAAACUUUUUUUUUUUAAUUUUUUUUUUUUUUUUUUUUUUUUACAAGAGACUGUUUAAGCUUUGGAUUUUUUUUUUGUACUUCAUAUAUUGCCGUUUGUUUAAUGGACACCUUUUUGAUAGGGAUGUUGACAACCACAAAUUUGCUCACUGACAUCAGGUGCUGCACCUUCAUUUGACUUAUUAAACCAGAGUUGAUGUUUUUAGAAGUGUCCAUUUCCGUAGGUGAAAAUUUAUUCUGUUGUGCAUCUGUGAGGGGGGAAAAAUGGUGCUGUAAACAGGCUGAUUAUGUCAUAUUGAUUUGAUCGACCAAACCAUUUUUUGGCCUAAAUACUACGUACAUGUGAAUAUAUGAAAAGUUGUGGUGCAUCUUGACAAUUUUCCCCUUUCUUAAUAGACAUUUAUAUACAGUGGAUAAUUAUGUAGCAUUGCAAUCCUUGAGAAUACCAUUGUAAACUCUUAAAAUACUUAAAGUUAUACCCAGUGACCAAAGCACUUAAUAGUGAGCAAAAAUACAUCCCUAUUUAUUUCGGAAACUGCAUUCGGGCAAGAGGAGGGCAAUUUAUGUACACCUGCUGAUGUGCUGAUCAAAACAUAAUCUGAAGUACUGUAUGUUAUAUUCUGUUACUCAAAGAAGUAUAAGCUUUUUGUAUUCUAUAUAUAUUUUUUCUAUAAACAUGCCACAAGAUGAAAGCUUGAAGAAAGUGCAAUCCAACAGUAUUUCUAAUGUUGCAAUGUAUGAUGAUGAUGGUGGUGGUGAAGGUGACGCUGUUAUGAGAGGUUGACAUUUGCCACAAAAAUGCACUCUCUUUGGUGGUGUUGGUAUGAUGUGGCCUCCUAUGUUUGUGUGAACUGCCAGAGGUCCGGAAGUAUCCUGCCUCCAUUACUUGAACUGUGGCAUUGCUCGAGCUAUGAAUGUUUUUCAUGACAUGCAGCCUACAUAGCUUAAGAGGAAAGGAAUCCAUGUUGAACUUGGCACAUUUUUCAAGUUUGAGGACAAUAGAUACUCUGUACAGAGAAACUGUAAAAUGUAUUUUGGAGGUUGGUUUAUGGAAGGAGGGUGAUUUAGCCUCUUAUAAAAUAACUCCACUGGGGGAUUGAGAAAACUCCUCGGGUGAAGCUAAGCAAUGUGAGAUCCUGACCUUUUUCUUGCUGAAAGACAAUAAACUGAUGAGGGUUUUGUCAACUUA